AUGAACACGACCACCAUGUUGAACAUGUCCCUCCUGAACAGCACGGCAGCCCCGGUGUCCGGCCGCCCCCCGACCAUCCCGGCCGUCAUGUUCAUCUUCGGGGUGGUGGGGAACCUGAUCGCCAUCAUCGUGCUGUGCAAGUCCCGCAAGGAGCAGAAGGAGAGCACCUUCUACACCCUGGUGUGCGGCUUGGCCGUCACCGACCUGCUGGGCACCUGCCUGAUCAGCCCGGUCACCAUCGCCACCUACCUGCGGAACGAGUGGCCGGGCGGGCAGGCGCUGUGCGAAUACAGCUCGUUCAUUCUGUUGUUCUUCGGGCUGGCCGGGCUGAGCAUCAUCUGCGCCAUGUCCAUCGAGCGCUACCUGGCCAUCAACCAUGCGUACUUCUACAACCACUACGUGGACAAGAAGCUGGCCGGCCUCACCCUGUGCGCCAUCUACGGCUCCAACGUCCUGUUCUGUGCCCUGCCCAGCAUGGGGAUGGGGCGCAGCACCCUGCAGUACCCCUGGACCUGGUGCUUCCUCGACCUCCGGACCAACGUCUCCACCUACGCCGCCUACUCCUACAUGUACGCCGGCUUCAACUCCUUCCUCAUCCUGGUCACCGUGCUCUGCAACGGGAUGGUCUGCGUGGCCCUCAUCCGCAUGCACCGCCAGUUCGUGCGCAGGACCUCCCUCGGCACCGACACCCGCAUCUCCGACUUCAGGCGCCGCAGGAGCUUCCGAAGGAUCGCCGGGGCGGAGAUCCAGAUGGUCAUCAUCCUCAUCGGCACCUCCGUGGUGGUACUCAUCUGCUCCACCCCGCUAGUGGUGCGCAUAUUCAUCAACCAGCUCUACCAACCACCCAUAGAAAAGGAUAUAUCAAGCAAUUUAGAUCUGAAAGCCAUCCGCAUUGCCUCUGUGAACCCUAUCUUGGAUCCCUGGAUCUAUAUCCUCCUUCGGAAGACUGUCUUAAGCAAAGUGAUUGAGAAAAUAAAGUGUCUGUUUUGUAGGAUCGGCGGUGGCAGGCGACCACGCUCUGCAGGAAGCUUCAAUUGCACAGACGGCAGGAGGGUCUCUUCAGCCCUGUCUAGUCAUUCUCCUUCCUUUGUUUCCAGGGAGUUGCGAGAAAUUAGUUCAACAUCACAGACUUUAUUGUACCCUCUCGAACUGAGUGAUGGUAGCUUUAGAAGCAGCACCAUUUUACCAGGAGCCACCAUGGCCAUAAAUCUUCCUGGGGCUCCAGACAGGACGUUACGUGGCUCUGACCAGUCUGUUUCAUCUCAGGGUCCAGACUCUGAACAGGUACUGCUUGUAAAUGAGACUCGCCCCACAAGGGUCACUCAGAAUGGCAACUCACCCAAGGGGAAUCCACUUCAUGUCACUUUUCCUGAUGAAUCAUUGAAUUUAUCAGAAAAGUGUAUAUAG